CCUGUGCCCAAGUUCCACCCCAAAUCCUAACUUCUAAACAGCCCAAUAAGUAGAUGAGCCCCUAUCUACAACACUCAGUCCUCCUUUCUGCUUGCUUGUGUCAAACAUGUCCAACAUGUCUCGAUUUCCUUCGUGUAGAUCUAGCAAGUAGAGGUUCCGCUAUAUCCUGUUCCCCCAAUGCUCCCAAUCAAUUAAAGGCGCGGAUCACUCGUUGCUGGAUACUAAAUACUGUUACAAUCAUGCUCAUCUCCGCGCAAAGUUUCUUACAACUCCCCAAAGGCAUACCAAAAUCUACCGCCACCAAUAGCGAGGAUCCAUCUCCCGCGGUUCCUCCGCCUUCCCUCCUCUAGCUCCACCUUCCCAUGUCUCCACUCGCGUCUGUGUUCUUCCGGCUAAUUGCCUAGAAAUUGUCUUUAUCAAAC